UAAACAAGGUUCACGGGCAAAUCUUUCUAUUUGGUGAACUCAUUAGGAAAUUUGGGUUUAUUACCAUAGUUCUUCAUAUUGCCAAGACUCUCGUAUGAUUGACCAGAACUGUCCUUUAUACACGUUCAAGUUGAGUACAUAUAAAUAGCAAAAUUCCAUAAAUCAAAACAAGCAAACUUAGCUGGCUAGUGUUGCAACUCGGAUCAAGAUCAUGUCAUGUCGAUGAUUUAUUCAAUCCCUCAUGUAAUGCGCAAAAUUGAGAGCCCCCAUUGAUCCCAUUUGACAAGUUCUUAUUUUGUAGGUCUCGAUUUUACAUCAUGAUCAUCUAUGCCAAAAAAAUUGAGAGCCCCCAUUGAUCCCAUUUGACAAGUCCUUAUUUCAAGAGUUAUUCAUUGCGGCAUUUCGUCCAGCAAUGGAACUGCAGUUUUUUACUCGGACGUUAAAAAGGCAAGUGGCGUUUCUUUGGAAGAAACUAAUUAUACUAAAUCGAACACUCAUAAAAGAUCGACAAUUGCACAUGUUGAUCACAGAAAGACUACUCUGACUAGUGCAAUUACAAGGGUGUGUUUGCUGAUGGAUUUGAUUCUGGUCAAUGUCGGAAGAAGGCAAAGCUAAGGCUGUUGCCUUUGAUGAAAUUGACAAGGCCCCUGAAGAGAAAAAGAGAGGAAUCACAAUUGCAACGAGUGACUGCUAAGCGACAUUAUGCACAUGUAAAUUGCCCUAGUCAUGCAUAUUAUGUUAAGAACAUGAUUACUGGAGCUCCCCGAAAGCUUAGAAGUAUUGAACAUCAUUUCAUAGUCUUGCCAAGCAUUUUAAUCCGUUUAGCUGGAUAUAUAAGCCGAGCAAUGCAAACUUUUGGGUUGGAGAAAGUUGGAAUAAGCGAAUAGUUAUAUGAGGUCAUUUAUUUUUAUUUUGUACUUUUCGGAUUGAAAGAUCACACCUUAUGUACUCGAGCAUAUUUUAAUUUUAAUUUAUCAAUGUAUACUUCUUUAUUCAUUAAUGGAUGCUUUUAUUUAUUUAUU